AGGGUGGAGGCAUAAAACGGGCAGAGGGUCUCCAAGCAAGUAAAGAAGAAUCAUGUGGCUCAUCCUUCCCGUGGGUUUGAUCACCACCACCCUUGCGAUCACUCCUGCCCGUUUUGACAGGGAAAAGGUGUUUCGUGUGAAACUGCAAGAUGAAAAACAAGCAAACAUCAUAAAGGACUUGGCCAAAACCAAUGAGCUUGACUUCUGGUAUCCAGAUGACCCCCACCACAUAACUGCGAACAUGACAGUGGAUUUCCGAGUUAGUGAGAAGGAAACCCAGUCCAUCCAGUCUGCCUUGGAUCAAAAUGAAAUGCACUAUGAAAUCCUGAUUCAUGAUCUACAAGAAGAGGUUGAGAAGCAGUUUGAUGUUAAAGAAGAUGUCCCAGGCAGGCACAGCUACAGAAAAUACAACAACUGGGAAAGGAUCGUUGCUUGGACUGAAAAAAUGGUAAAUAAGCAUCCCGAGAUGGUCUCUCGUAUUCAAAUUGGAUCCACUGUGGAAGACAAUCCUCUAUAUGUUCUCAAGAUAGGGAAAGAGAAUGAAAGAAGAAAGGCUAUUUUUAUGGAUUGCGGCAUUCAUGCACGAGAAUGGGUCUCCCCUGCGUUCUGCCAGUGGUUUGUCUAUCAGGCAACCAAAACUUAUGGAAGAAACAAAAUUAUGACCAAACUCUUGGACCGAAUGAAUUUUUAUGUUCUUCCUGUGUUCAACGUUGAUGGAUAUAUUUGGUCAUGGACACAGAACCGCAUGUGGAGAAAAAAUCGUUCCAAGAACCGAAACUCCAAUUGCAUUGGCACUGAUCUCAACAGGAAUUUCAAUGCUUCCUGGGACUCUUUUCCUGACACCAAUAACCCGUGUUGGGAAACAUAUAGGGGCCCCGCACCAGAGUCUGAGAAAGAGACAAAAGCUGUCACGGACUUCAUUCGAAGUCACCUGAAGUCAAUCAAGGUUUACAUCACCUUCCAUUCCUACUCCCAGAUGUUAUUGUUUCCCUAUGGAUACACAUCAAAACUGCCACCCAACCAUGAGGACCUGGCCAAAAUGGCAAAGAUUGGAACAGAAGCUUUAUCGACUCGAUAUGAAACCCGUUACAUCUAUGGCUCAAUACAGUCAACAAUUUACCCGACAUCAGGUUCUUCUCUAGACUGGGCAUACGACCUGGGCAUCGAACACACAUUUGCCUUUGAGCUCCGAGAUAAAGGCAAAUUUGGUUUUCUCCUUCCAGAAUCUCGGAUAAAGUCAACCUGUAAAGAGACCAUGCUAGCUGUCAAAUUUAUUGCCAAGUACAUCCUCAGGCAUACUUCCUAAAGAAUUGUCCUCAGUUUGGAUUAAGCCAAUUGAGAUUUUUUUUUUUUUUUUACCCUUUCACCAGAAAGUCAUCUUCAAUUAUCUCUAUUAAAACAAAGGAGGAGAUGUGGCUUCAACAUAUCCUCAGUGGAUUCUUCUCACUCUCACUUUUUACUUUUAUACGCUCUCAGUAGCACCCUAACAAAGUAGCUGUAAGUGAAGCUUUUUAACUACUUGUCUUUGUUCCA